CCAAGUCAAAUUGAAUUGACUGAGAGAAGAGCGGCGUCGGUCUGAGAACACACGGCGUAGAAGAAGGAAAAACGAAAACAAUGGAUGAGGAGAAAAGUGUGAGUAACGUAGAGACUUCAAAAGCUGAGAGAUCGGUGUGGCUGAUGAAGUGCCCUGUCGUGGUAGCUAAAUCAUGGCAGAAUCAUCACCCUUCUCCUUCACAACCUCUUUCCAAAGUCGUUCUUUCUCUUGAUCCUCUCCUCCCCGAAGAUGACCCUUCCCAUCUCCAGUUUACAAUGGAGAUGACUGGCUCUGAAGCUGUUAAUAUGCCAAAAACUUAUGCUUUGAAUAUGUUUAAAGACUUCGUUCCUAUGUGCGUCUUCUCUGAAACAAGCCAAGGUGGCAAGGUUGCAAUGGAAGGGAAAGUAGAACAUAAGUUUGAUAUGAAGCCCCACGGUGAAAACAUUGAAGAAUAUGGCAAAUUGUGCCGCGAGAGGACAAACAAAUCUAUGAUUAAAAAUCGACAGAUACAGGUUAUUGAUAAUGAUCGUGGAGUUCUAAUGAGGCCAAUGCCCGGAAUGAUUGGUCUAGUUUCAUCCAAUUCGAAGGACAAGAAGAGGACACAGCCAGUUAAGCAAUCUGAUACAAAGAGAACAAGAAGAGAUCGUGGAGAGUUGGAGGAUAUAAUGUUCAAGCUAUUUGAAAGACAGCCUAACUGGGCCUUGAAGCAGCUUGUCCAAGAGACUGAUCAACCUGCACAAUUCUUGAAAGAGAUCCUGAAUGAAUUGUGCGUGUACAAUAAAAGAGGUGCCAACCAAGGAACUUACGAGCUGAAACCCGAAUACAAGAAAUCCGUUGAAGAUGUGAAGGUUGAAUAAGUGAUUUGUUCCCUACACACUGUUACUCUAACUACUCAAACCCCCCAAAAAAUGAAACCUCUUUCUGUUUAUUGAGAAGGUAAGUGUUUGUGUUUAGGGUAAAUAGGUUGAAGGAAGGGAAAAAAAUUAUUGGACAAUAAAAUAACUAGUAAAAAUGUGUAUCUGAACUCAAAGAACACUUUUUAUGAUUUUUUACUUCAAGAAGAAUAUUAAGUAAUAGAAGAUUCAAUGAGAUAGUAAAAAUGUUUGAAAACAUCA